CUAAUGGGAAGAAGACUGAAGACAAUCCACAGCCUGAUGCAUCCAAGGAAUGCACCGACACCAGUACGGACAAAGUUUGAAAAGCAAUCCACGUACGAAGUGGGAUGUCCGGUGUUUGCCCGUGAUUACAGACCGACCCAUAGUCCAUAGACAAGCGCGAGUGGUCAAAAGAGUUGGCCGAGUCAUGUACGAAGUUGAGGUAGGUAGUGACAGGUGGCAACGCCAUCGGAAUCAGUUACGCAAACGGUUAGCCCCAGACCGCCCAUCAACAGAAUCAAAUAUUCCUCUUGACAUUCUGCUAGACACAUUCAACUUACCGGCAACCCCACCACAAGAAAAACCUCAACAACAAACUGAAACACGUCCAAGACGGUGGCCUAUCCGAGAACGGCGAGCAACUGUCAGGAUGCAGGUUGACCCCAGGAAAGCCCGCUAUUAAAAAGGGGAGGAGUGUUGGGGAC